CACUAGGCAAGUGGAAAGUUAAAAAUAAAAAAAACGAAUAUUUAUCCACAUUUUGGACAAGUAAUUUUUGUUUGCCGCGGCGAAGACUUGUACUGAAGUGUCCAACAUAGCAGCGCCUCAUUUCAGUGCGAAACGUCGGACUUAACGGUUAUGGGCGGGUUCGAAUAGACAAACGCAAUCGUAUAACUACUCUUUAAGGCGCAUACCUUGGCAGUGAAGGCGAAAAGUACAUAUUCUGUUAAAAAUAACGUUGCACAAGAAUAUUAAAAAAGUUUAAGUUAAAGUGCUGGCAGUGUAGUAUACAAAACCGUUAAGAUAAAAUGCCACAGCAAAGCGUUAAUUGGAAAAUUCAAUACAGUUUAAGCAUCUUCAGCGCUUUCUGUCUAGCGCAGACAGCUGCCACUUACACACGCGAAAUUAUAAAUAAUGCGCCGCAGUUGCAAGAACGACCAAAUUGGCUACACACCUGUAAACGCGCAAAUCCCAACGAAGACAAAUGCUUUCGACGACUAUUUGAGGGUUGUUUUCCCGCUUUUGCGGCUGGCAUACCGGAAAUCGGUAUAAAGAGUUUUGAACCACUGCACAUAGACCAGGUAUCGGUAUCAAAGGGUAGCGGCAACUUAGUUCUUUCGGGUGGCUUUCAAAAUCUUAUCGUUCGUGGGCCCUCAAAUGCAACCGUACGGCGCGCGAAUCUGGACCUUGACAAGAAACUAUUAAAUUUUGAGCUCGACAUACCGUUACUGCGCAUACGCGCCAAAUACAACUUGAAGGGUAAUAUAUUACUUUUACCGCUGGUUGGUAGCGGCGAUGUGCGUAUGGCUUUGAAAGAUGUUAAAACCGCUGUUUACACUAAAAUACAUUUAAGCAAUGAACCGCAGGAAGUCAUUCGAAUUGAUGAGAUGAAGGUUACGUUUCAUGUGGGCGCGAUGCGUAUACAUCUAAGUGACCUGUUUAACGGCAAUGAGAUAUUAGCCGCUUCCAUUAACAAUUUCCUCAACCAAAAUGCAAAAGAGGUUAUUGCUGAACUGCGCCCUGAUUUAGAGUUGGGUUUGGCCGAUAUUUUCCAUGGUUUAUGGAAUAAUGUGUUCUCGAAGAUUCCACUAAAAUUAUGGUUGCUGUGAUUAUGUUUUUUCAAUUGCUAUUAUUAUUAUUUUUGUUAUUGUUGUAUUUAUUUGUAAAUUAAUGAGACAUUUGUAUUCUGUAUAUACGCAUAUUAGUUUUAUCAUUUUUAUUGUUUAGAGCUAAAAAUUUAAAAAUUUUUAAAGAAAAUAAAAGUAUCAAAAGUGCUCUUAAAAUUAAUAGUUUAUUAAAUAG